CCCUGUGCCGUUGACUGGCUGGGCUAACUGUCUGUGGGUUAGCUGGGUAUAUUUAGCUGAUUGCAUUAUCGGAUGAGAUUUAACCUGCAGUGCAACAAUCUAGAGUUAAGGACGGACGUAUAGUUGAUGGUGUUUUCAUGCCGAGGACCUAAGCUAACAGCUAGCAGCAGCUGGAUCUUCUGUGUGAGGAGCACCGACAACAACAGACACAACAAGUUCCGAGAUGUCUUCAGACGAAGACAGGGCCAAGGAGAUCCUCAAGGGCUUCAGACUAAACUGGAUGAACCUUCGAGAUGCAGAGACGGGCAAAGUGCUGUGGCAGGGAACUGAGGACCUGUCGGUGCCAGGAGUCGAACAUGAAGCUCGCGUCCCAAAGAAGAUCCUGAAGUGUAAAGCCGUCUCCAGAGAAUUGAACUUUUCCUCCUCAGAGAAACUGGAGAAGUUCAGACUGGAGCAGAAGGUUUUCUUCAAGGGACAGUGUCUAGAAGAAUGGUUCUUUGAGUUUGGCUUUGUCAUCCCCAACUCCACCAACACAUGGCAGUCUCUGAUUGAAGCAGCUCCAGAGUCCCAGAUGAUGCCAGCCAACGUUCUAACUGGUAAUGUGAUCAUAGAGACCAAGUUCUACGAUGACGACCUCCAUGUCAGUACCUCCAAGGUACGACUCUUCUACGUCUGACCUCUGACCGCUGACUCUACCUUCCAAACCACUGACGUCCUGCCAAGGUCUAUAGAUUACCGAGGUUAGCUGCAGUAAACGGCUCAUUGCCGACCUGGGAUCAGCACAUCUGGAUGAACCCAGCUGUGCUCCCUCAGCCUGUGGCGGGAGCUUUGUGUUUGGUUGUAUUCUUGUUUUGUGUCCUCCUGAAAACGUGUCGUAGACCUUGGGAGGAGAGGGGAGAGGAGGAGAGCACCCUCUGCUGUUUCCUCUGUCUCUCUGCAUCCCCAACCUUCCAGACUGUUCCACUGUAAAUACCCUCCACUGAUCUCCAGUCAGCCAGGGAGCCACUCAGGAACACAUCAGAUGUGAAACCUGUCUGCUGGGACCUUCUCCUUUCUGUUGGAAACACUGCUCUCCAUGUGGCAAGGGAGGAUGCUCAGAGUCUCCGCAGAGCUGCGUUCAACGUUUCCUCCUGCUCAUCAGAAACCCCUAGGCAACACUUCCUCCAGCUGUCCCACUUCCUGUGAAAUCCACUCUUCCUGACAGAGUAGAUCAUCGUGUCCCGUUCCACCAGUGAAAUGCAGCCUCUGUUUGUAGUCAGUAACUUGUAAAGUCAGAAAAUGGUUCCGUGAUAUCAGAGAAAUAGAAGUUUUACGCAUGUAUUUGAGCACAACGACUCAGUUCUGAGACGUCAACUUCUACGAGCUGACGAGGACUGCCUGAAUGCAUCUUUGAUGGCGGUCUCUGUGAGGUCGAGUGGUAGCUGUAGUCCUCUGAAGCGGGACACAGCUUCCAUCGACCUGUUUCCUGAGGACAUGAGCCUGGUCAGAAGAGUGAUGUUUUAGGAUGAGAAGCUGCACACUGACACGUCUUUUAUUACAUCCACUCACAUGCUUGUACUUAUAAUGCUUGACUUUUAACUAAACCCUCAUCCGGUGUAGACCCGCGUCAUUUACUCUCAGUAGUUGACCGUUUGAGCCCAGCUAGCCCCAGAUGCUAACAGCUGCUCAGCUCAGCUCUGUACACUCUGGCUUCACUGCGUGGAUGUCACUGUUUGUUUUUUCCUAGCUAACUGAGCUGUGUAAAAUAGUUUUAAUAUGACACAAGUUGUGGAUUAAAGUUAUCCAAUGUUGUAAUAACA